AAAAAGAUGAGGAACUGAUUCCUCUGCAGGUUGUUUUCGGAGAGAAAACAUAUCUAAUAUCUUCCUAUGGAUUCUACCCUAUUCCUGACUUUGACCCUUCCAUCAGCUCAAGGACACAAACCCAGUCCUUCAACCAUGAUCCACCUUCUCCCUGUUCUUCAUCUCCCAUCACCCUCUCUAUAUCAACCUCCCCACCACAAACCAAGAACAUCCACAGAGAGAUAGAGAGAGAGAGAGAGAGAGAGCUGUUGUGUGUUUGUGUGUGUUGCUGACUAAUGCAAGAUAGAGUUUCUAGCUUUUCUCUUGCUUGUGGUUACUGAGUCUGUGCAUGUGUUGGAGAACUGCUUCAUCAUAAAUGGGGAAUUAUAGGUUUAGGUUGUCUGAUUUGAUGUCAAGCAGUUGGUUCUACAAGCUCAAGGAUGUGGGAAGAGCUAAUGGAAGCCGGAGAGUUCAGCAUUCCAUGAAGAGAUUCCAGAGUUCAGCAUCGGCCACAGCUUCUGCAGCAUCUCUGCCUCCAUUUCAACCCCCCAAAGAACACGACUACCUCCCCAACAGGGCCUCCUACUACACCCCCAGCAAAGAACGAGCAGAGAAGCUCCCUCGUUCUCCCGUCAACCCCAAAGCAUCCGACACUCGUUUCCCCGGCGAGCCACCGCAGAAAUCCAAGCGACAGACCCGAAGAAGGACGGCGACGAAGCCCUGCGCUGACGUCGUCUCCUCGGCUGUGUCGGCCAGCUGCGGCUGCCGUCGCACUGCAGCCCCUGUGAGUCUGCCGAUCUAUGGUGAUGAGUGCGAUCCAUGUGAGCCUACCAACCCAUCAGUGUACGAUCACCGCAAUGCGGACAUGGAUUUGGUGGUGUCAGAGCUCAAGCUACCGCCCAUUCUGACAAAGCCAGUGAAGAAGGAGGUACGUGAGCCUGCGCUGCAUGAAACCGGUGCCUUCGCGGAUCACAGCAAGGCAGCAACGAGGAGAUCGGUGUCAGGAAUCCAUGGGAUCAAGGUACGGCAAGUCUCUCCCAGAGUCGGAAGCAGGAAGGUGCAGGCGUGUAGGAAACCCAAGGUGGCAACGACGCAGCAGAAGCGGCGGCCAGUAUCUCAGAGCUUGGUGAUGGUCAAGUCGUCCUCAAACCCCAGCAGGGACUUCACGGAGUCGAUGGUGGAGAUGAUCGUGGAGAACAACAUCCGGGAAGCCAAGGAUUUGGAGGAGCUGCUUGCUUGCUACCUGUCACUGAAUUCCAAGGAGUACCACGAAGUAAUCAUCAAGGUUUUCGAGCACAUCUGGUUUGUUCUAACUGAUAUUAGAAUGUAAUCAUAUAUACUUAGUUCUGAAAGAUAACUCUUAAGGAUUAAUUAUACUGCAGUAAUGCCAAGUUUCCUUCUUUCUCA